AUGUCCAACCAGGGAGACGACUGCUACUUCUACUUCUAUUCUACCUGCAACAAGGGAGACAGCUGUGCCUUUCGCCACUGCGAGGCUGCCCUGGGCAGUGAGACUGUGUGCACCCUCUGGCAGGAGGGUCGGUGCUUCAGGAAUGUCUGCAGGUUCCGCCACAUGGAGAUCGAUAAAAAGCGGAGUGAGAUUGCCUGUUACUGGGAGAACCAGCCUGGAGGCUGCCAGAAGUACAACUGUGCUUUCCACCACACCAAAGGACGUUACAUUGAUGGACUCUUCCUACCCCCGAGCAAGACUACACUUCCAAGUCCACCCGAGUCUGCAGAGGAUGAUGUGAAAAUGGCUCAGAUGUUACUGCAGCAAACCAAACUGUCUGUGCAGUCCAACCCUUCCCCACAGCUCAGGGGGGUGAUGAAAGUGGAGAACUCAGAAAAUGUCCCAAGUCCUACACACCCUCCAGUUGUCAUCAAUGCUGCGGAUGACGACGAAGAUGAUGAUGACCAACUUUCUGAGGAAGGAGAAGAAACAAAAACUCCUGUCCAGCAACCAGCCACAGAAACCCAUAAUGGAUUGAGACUGAUUUCCACUAGGAAAUCCAAUGCUAACACCAAGCAAGAUGACAAUUUAAACUUCGGAAUAAAAACACUGGAAGAAAUCAAAUUGAAGAAACUGAAGGAAAAAGCCAAAAAACAAGGUGAAGGUCCUUCAGGAGCUGCUGUUGAUCCUCUCCAAGCUCGGACAAUCCCUGUGCCAGAGAAGGAAAAUGUAAGGACAGUGCUGAGGACUGUGACUCUGUCCUCAAAGGAAGGGGUGGAUCCUGUGAUCCAGCUCAACAUUCCUGACAGACUGGGAAAACGCAAGGGUCUCUUAGGUGGUAAAACCUUCCCUCCCCUGAGAAGGAACCUGGCAGAGAGGCUGGGGAGGAAGACAGAGCUGCUGAACAGUGACAAAGCUCCAAGGAGAGGGAAAGCUGCCAAGCCCAUCGAGGAGAUCCGGGUGAAGACGCUGGAGGAGAUCCGCCUGGAGAGGGCGAACCAGCGCCGCGGAGAGGCCCCGGCCGAGGCUCCCAGCCCCACCCCCAGGCCCUCCCCGGCCGUCAGGAUCAACCCCCUCGCCGCAGCUCUGGCCGAGAAAAGCCGCAAGAGGCUGCAAGAGGAGAAGGACAAACCCGAGGCUGAGCCCAAGAGGCAGAGCCUCCCUGCCACGGUUGUGCCUGGCAAAGUGCAGCUGGCAGAGCCAGGCAGAGCCAAGACCCCUGGGGAAGUGAGGAUUAAAACCCUGGAAGAAAUCAAGAGGGAGAAAGCUCUGCGGAUGCAGCAGAGUGGGGAGAACAUUCCAGCUGCCCCUGCCCAGCCUGAGCCUGCCCUCAGGGAGAGGAAGCUCCUGCGGGUCACAAAGCUCACAGCAUCUGGAAGAGACGAAAAAAUGAUAGUGGAGUUGAACCCCAAAGCUGCAGAGCCCUCAGAUGCAAGUGCAGCUACCUCAGCAGUUCAGGUGAAGAGCCUGGAGGAGAUCAUGUGGGAGAAGCACCAGCUGAAGCUGCGCCAAGAGGAGAAGCUCCAGAGGGAAACAACUGCUGUGCCAACUCCAGGAGAAAAACCAACCAAAGCCAAAUCUAAGGUGUGCCUGAAGCCUCUGGAAGGGAAAGGCACCUCCUCCUCAAAGCAGCCCCUGAAACGGAAUGUCCCUGAGAGCCACCCCACGGCCGUGGUGGCAGUGAAGCCUCUCAGUGCUGCUGGUGGGGACACCAAGGAGCUUUCAGCCAAGAAAGCAGCUGCGGCUGUUGCUCCUGCUCUCCCAGAGGACAAUUUGGUCUCCAUUCCUCGCAGGGAGAAGCCUCAAACCAGCCCUGAGCUCCACCUGGGGAGCCAGGCAGAUUCCCUGGCACAGCCAGAGGUCUCCAGCUCAGCCUCCUCUUCCUCUGAAGGGCCGAUGAAGAUGCGUCGGCUGAGCUCCACAGGCUCUGCCAAGGCACCUCUGUCGGUAGAAGAUGACUUUGAGAAGCUUAUUUGGGAAAUCUCAGGAGGCAAACUGGAAGCAGAGAUUGACCUGGACCCAGGGAAGGAUGAGGAUGACCUCCUGCUGGAACUCUCGGAGAUGAUUGAUAGUUGA